AUGUUGCAAUCAUUCGCCCUUGCCGCCCUCUUGGGUGCCAGCUCAGUCCUGGCGGCAGCCGCCAAGUGUGGUGUUGGAAACAAGUGUCCUAAGGACACACCAUGCUGUUCCCAAUACGGCGAAUGCGGCAUUGGUGCAUACUGCCUUGGUGGUUGCGAUCCCCUGACGUCCUUUUCUCUGGAUUCCUGCGUCCCUGCGCCUACCUGCAAGGACAAGACUCUCAAGUUCGGCAGCCUUGACAAUGUCAAGGAUAUUGGCGAAUAUCUUGGUGACUCCGACAAGGCGGACUGGGUGGUGUCAGGAGAGCCUGUCCUGAACGGCGGAAACACCCUGCUUACCAUGCCCAAGGGUAGUGUCGGCACUGUCAUGUCAUCCACAACCUACAUGUGGUACGGCAAUGUCAAGGCUCGCCUCAAGACCAGCCGUGGGCCAGGUGUUGUUACUGCCUUCAUUCUCUUCUCGGAUGUCAAGGAUGAGAUCGAUUUUGAGUGGAUUGGUACAGAUCUUGCCACUACCCAGACCAACUUUUACUUCCAGGGCAUCACAAACUACCAAAACUCCGCCAACACCUCUGUCACCGAUACUUUCAACAACUUCCAUGACUAUGAACUGAAAUGGACACCCGACAAGAUUGAGUGGUGGGUGGAUGGCAAGCUGGGACGAACCAAGGAGCGCAAGGAUACCUGGAACGCGACAUCUCAGAACUGGGGCUUCCCUCAGACCCCUUCUCGUGUCCAGCUGUCUCUCUGGCCUGGUGGUCUUGAGACUAACCCUCAAGGUACCAUUGACUGGGCUGGUGGUAAGAUCAACUGGGACUCCGAAGACAUUAAGAAGGUUGGAUUCUUUUACGCCGAAGUAGAGUCGGUUUCCAUUGAGUGCUAUGCCGGCAGCAACGGAAUCGGUACCAACAAGGGAAAGAGCUACUACUACAAUGAUCUGCGUGGCACCAACGAUACGGUUGUUGAUGGCGACAAGGAUCACAUCAUCGCCUCCCUCCAGGCCACCGGUCUGGAUAUGCAGAAGGGAAAGAAGGACGAGACCAACACCGACAAGGACAAGGAUACCGAGGACAAGCAAACCAUCCCCGGAGGUUCCACCGGUUCCCCUGGUAGCGACCACAGUGACGAGAACAACAGCACCGACACGAGCAGCGGUGACAACUCAUCAUCAUCAGGAGGCAACAACAACAGCAACUGCGCGGAUGGAGACUUCUGCCAGGGUACCUCAACCGACAGCACGACUGACGGCACCAAGGGUGGCAGCGCCAAGUCUAGUGCUAGCGCUCUGGCAAUCAUCAUUGCUGGAUUUGCCCUCUACUGGUUAUAA